UUCAAAGUACCUACCUCUAUCUACUGAGGUACCUACUGUAGUUACUAAUUUCUUAAGGUUUCCAAGUCGCACUCGAACUUACAACCUCGCAACAAAUUCAAUUGCUCUAAGCUACCAGUCGCCUCCAUUGAUUGAACAUCACAGAAACAAAGAAAAGAAAAGAGAAUUAGAAUAGCCCACCAUGCGCUUCGCACGCUCUUUGGCAGCGCCCCUCCUACUUCUAGCCGCUGGUGCGGCCCAGGCUGCUGCUUCUUCGUCUUGGGGCUUCGAUGACGCGAGGGUCACUGUGAGCGCGAAGAAAGCUACCGACGGCGCCAAGUCAAAGGAUGUCCAGCAAUUCAACGAUAAAUCGGAUGUUCUUUCUAAACCUGUAACGUUCGACAGCGACGACAGCUUGAAGAUCCUCUUGACGAUCAAGGAGAGCGGCAAGGGCAAGCGUCCGCACCAGGCAUUCCUGGUUCUCCGGGAACCUACCACGGGCCUCGAGACACCAUUUCCCUUAACCGUCAAGGACAACGGGAAGGCCACUGUUGAGAUUAAACACGCCGACCUCCCCGUCCAAUUCGCAACCGCCGACAAACCUGUCACGGCCUCUCUCCUCCUAGCCUCGUUUGGCUCGUCCGAGGGUCUCAAGAAGGACAUAUUCGACGUCGAGAUCACGCGGAACCCGGCCGCGAAGCCCAUCGUCUACGAGAAGCCCCUGCGCUACGGCAAGUUGGAGGAGAUCCAUCACAUCUUCCGCGCCGACCCCAAGAGCCCCCCCAAGGUCAUAUCGCUCGUCUUUGUGUUGGCUAUCUUGGCUACCGUACCGGCUCUCUUCAUCGGCUGGCUCGUCCUCGGCGGCAACGUCUCCCACCUCCCCAAGGCCCUAGGCGCCGCCCCCAUCGCUCACAGCGUCUUCUUCGGCUCCAUCAUCGCUAUGGAAGGCGUCUUCUACAUGUACUAUCUCAGCUGGAACCUAUUCCAGGUCCUCCCCGUUAUCGGUGUCGUGAGCACCACCGCCUUCCUGAGCGGCGUCAAGGCGCUGGGCGAAGUGCAGAGCCGCCGGUUGGCUGGGGAGAGGUGAAGAAGAUUUUUCUCUUUUUCUGUUUGCUUAUGUGUGAUGCAAGUUCGUGGAGAGGGGAUAGGGAAGGAGAUAGAAGGGGGGGAUUGGACGUGUACCUAGGUUGUGUGACCAAAUUUCUUUGCGACCUUCCAGAGACUGAAAAGAAAUGCUGCCGCUGUGUAUUCCGUGGUCGAAAAGGACCGUGAUAUUGGGACAUACACAAAACUGUGCUAUUGUCUUUGGUUCUGUUCACGAACUCAAAUAGGGGUCAGAUGGCGCGGUAUGGUUUUCAACUAGCAAGGACGAGUGUGAGGGGAAAAAAAGGAGGAAGGGGGAGCAGGUAAAUUAAAAGGCCAAUAAGUCUAUAAGCUACUAGGUAGGUAACGAAGAAAUGUAUAACAAGUGCAACUAUACCUACAGUUAUGUACGUACAUCUUGAUACUCUGGU